AAGCCUACUGAAUGCCAAAGGCGUUUUGUAUCGAGUCUUUGGCGCAGCUGCUGCAGCCGAAUAUGCGGCCUCUACGGACCCAGUGAAGCCCGUUGCUCGAGACAAUGAAGCCCCUUCGACAUCGGACCCACGUCCCAGGCCAGCGGUGGCAUUCCCUUGCGCGACCCCCUUUGCCGAGGCGUCGGAUGAACGAUUGGCUUGCCCUGGGUUCAUGGCUUCAUUAGGUGAGAAAUGUCAUAAAUGAGCCAUGGUAAGAGACAUUGGUAGAAUAGCAAUGUCAAGGGAGAUUAUUGACACAAGCCCUCAGAAAUCUAACAUUAUUGCUGCUCAAACACGCCGAGAACGAUGCAGGGCUCAGCCUCUCUUCGUAGCCCCGGUCUGUGCUGAGAUGCACGGGACAAGGGGACAACGCAAGCGUCAACCGAGCGGUUGCACAGCCAGUCGCAUCACAGAUUUUAAGUCUGGGGGAAAUACCCAUGUUAGACCGCUAAGGAGAUCUAAAAUUGCACUGCGGCAAGGUAAAUCAUAUAGUCUUAUGGGAUAUGAAAAUUCAACAAAAAGAAACGCGAUCUCAAAUGUGGGACUGGGGCCCAGACAUUAUUAUGAGCUCCGUGGUCUGGACGUUGAUAUAGAAUUUCUAAAAAUAGGAACAUUCAAAUGACGUAUAUUUCGACGGGUCAUGAUUAGAUUCAGACAAUUCAAUAAAUAAACAGGACAGCAAGAAAUAAGGGCU